GCGCGGCCACCAAACAAGAGGAUUUUCCGAAGAAAAUGGAAAACGUUCAACACUCGGAAGAGCUGUUUGGGUCACUAAGCGAAGAAAACAACGCUAUUUCUGAGCUAGGCCUAAUCUCUGAUGCAGAAACGACUGCAAUAAAGAACGGCCCAUCAAGGCCCUCAUCACACGAUGAAAUUGCUACAAGCAGUGAUGUUCUUGCAAUUGAAAAUGCUGUUUCGAACGAACACAAAGCGGAAGACGCUUUAAGCGAUGCUGCGUUCCAUCAGGAUCGUGUGUCACAGUUUCCUUUGACACGAGUGAAACAAAUUAUGAAACUGGAUGCCGGCGUUGCGAUUUUCAGCCCGGAGGCCGUUUUUUUAGUAACAAAAGCAGCAGAAUUUUUUGUUCAAACGUUAGCGAAAGAAUCUAGCAGCUACACCAUGGAUUCUAAGAAGAAAACAGUGACUAAAGCAGACGUCGAGAGGGCAAUUGAUAACGUUGAAUCGCUGUUGUUCUUGGAUGAAAUGCUGAAAUGCUGAAGAAAGUGAAAAAAUGCAUCCUUAUCUGUAUGGAUACAGCAUUUUUUACAGUGCCCGGCGAAAAAAAGUUUAUCUGCAUCGCUAGCGAUCGAGCGCCUUCGUCCACCACUCUGCUAUCCCUGCCGCUCUCACAUCGCCGGCCACGCGAUCCAGCAUCUCAGACGGGACCUACCAGGUCUCCUCUGUUCCUCUGGGCCUAAGCAGACUUUAAACUCAAUAAAAACAA